CAAAAAACUCACUUCUCCACCAAAGCUGUGCCUUUCCACCUUCCCCCAAAAUACCAGGCUGCACCUCUUCCAUCCUGACGGGCAGUCCUGGAUAUCCUUCUGCCUGGAUGACUGAGGAAAGGUCUUCCGGACACAUACCAUGGCUGACUCCUUUCACUCCCCUGCCUGGAGAGAGAUGACAAAUGGAGCGGGACACCCCCACUUCAACAAUGGUGGCCAGAAUGGGGGUUCCCACAACACAAUGCGCUACAUGCUGAAGAAACAGCAGCGCCACAGACGCAGGUCAUCCUCACCUAUGGGCAGAGUCAUUCUUAUCAAUGCACCUGUGGAUGGAGGGGAUGACAGUGAAGACAUUCACACAGUGACAGUAGAUAAGAGCCCAGAUGGACGUCUGGGUUUCAGUGUCCGCGGGGGCUCUGAACAUGGACUCGGCAUAUUCGUCAGCAAGGUGGAAUACGACAGCUCUGCAGCGCAGGCUGGACUGACAGUGGGUGACAAACUGGUGGAGGUAAAUGGUGUCAGCCUGGAGAGCAUCACCAUGAGUAGUGCUGUGAAGGUCCUGACGGGCAACAACAAACUGAGAAUGGUGUUGAGACGUGUGGGCAAGAUUCCCGGCAUCCGCUACUCUAAAGAGAAAACCACAUGGGUGGAUCUGAUUCAUCGGCGGAUGGUGGUGGAGGAGAGUGGCCGUACACCGUCAGAGGCCAGUUCAGACAGUGCUCUCCGCAGAAUCGUACAUCUUUUCACCACAUCAGAUGACUACUGUUUGGGCUUCAACAUCAGAGGAGGCAAAGAGUUUGGACUGGGCAUUUUUGUUUCAAAGUUGGACCCAGGUGGGCUUGCAGAACAACAUGGCAUCAAAAUGGGUGAUCAAAUCCUUGCAGCCAAUGGGGUGAGCUUUGAUGACAUCACCCAUAGCAAUGCAGUGGAAGUCCUAAAGAGCCACACCCAUAUCAUGUUGACCAUCAGGGAAGCUGGGCGAUAUCCUGCAUACAAGGAGAUGGUGGCAGAGUAUGGCUGGCUUGACAAACUAGCCAAUAGCGGCCCUGCACCAUCAUCUCACAGUUCAGACUCCAACUCUUCUGUCUCCUCACUGUCCUCCAGCACCCCUCUCAGCUCGCUCAGUGGUCUCUCCCAGGUUCUUUUUCCUCCUAUCUUUGGCUCUGAGAUGGUAGACGUAGCCAUCUCUACAGAAGAUCGUUCCCGACGUCCAAGCAGCACUGAGCGAACUGCUGAAACUGCCAUACAGACUGACCCCCAAGCUCCAAACUACCUGGACCACCCAUUGCCAAAUGGGUCACACUCUGAAAGGUUGGUCACAACAGAAACCAGCCGGACUGUGGGUGCAACAGUGCUGCUGAAAGACACAGUCAUACGUGGGAAAGGAGAGGGACCAAGGGACAUGGGAGCAGCCAGAGAAGGAGGACAAAGUCGGGGAAGGAUGCUGCCACCUGGGGACAGGGAAGUUGAGAAACACUCACCAAAGACAGAAGCGUUGAUGGCCCUGAGCAAACCACGGAAGCCAAUCAGACGUUCCCAAAGUCACAUCACCGUGUCAGAAGACAGAAAGAAGAAGAAAAAGCAACAGAGAGAGAAAAGUUCAGCAGAGGGUAAAGCCAGCCUUCAACGGUCUAAAACCUUUGUCAACCUGUUGUUCAAGAAAGACCGUAAGGAGAAGAAUCGCUCCAAGUCACCUUCUCAUCAUACAGACAAAAAUAAGGAGCAAAGUCAUCCGUUCCAGCUCUUCAGCUCCCCAAGGGAGUCCCGUGCUGGCAGCCCGCUGCCCCGACCUGAGACCCUGCAGCACGUGGAGGACAUGGCAAAGAAACUGCUGAGCCCAGAUGAGGUGGCUGCUGUGAUGAGGCACUGUCAGCGUUUCUUGUCUGACUCUGUGAUUGAGGAUUUGGUGCAUCCCCUUUUGGCAAUCUUGGACAGGCCAGAGAAGCUGCUUCUUCUCAGAGAAAUAAGAAUGCUGAUACCUACCACUGAGUUGGGUCGUUUUGACAGCAUGGUGAUGCCUUUUGAGUUGGAAGCAUAUGAUAUCCUCAAGAGUCGCUCUAUGCGCUCUCCAGCUCUGCGCUCCCCUCGCAGUGGAACCCCUCGACGUCACCUCAUCACCCCAGUCCCAGACUACAGGGGUGGAUUCCACCUCCAGCCGGUCCAAGACACACUGCGGGACCGUCAAUUAAUUGAGGAGUUUGAGAGACUUCGUUUGGCAAGUCAACAGUCUGGUCAUCUGCCACCAUCUCGUGCCUUCACUCCCCUGUUGGAUGUCCCUGUGGACAGCUAUGCAUUCUCUACUGCACGCUCCCGCUCUCCAAGCCCCUCCCUGACCCACAGCUUCCUUCUUACAGAAUCAUCACACAGCACCCAAAGUGGACGCCCACCUCACCGUUCCCCAAACAGAAGAGAAAACGGGUCUCCCCGUUAUGACGAAGUAUCUUCGUUGUCUGUUUCUGACCGUGGGGAUGCCAUCCCUGAGCGAGGGAGGUCACCUGUAAGGAAUGGUCGAGGCAGAGCGAGGAGGGAGGACAGUCCUGACAGCAUAGCUGGGAGGCAGAGCAGGCACGAGGGCUACACGGAGGUCAGUGUGAGGGUCCCCUCACAGCGGAGGGGCAGAACUCCUUUGGCUGAUGUAUUUGAUCCCCAUAGAGAGCAGAGACCCUCCACAAGCAGAGGGAGUCGUCAGCAGAUAAAUGGACACUUUCAAAAUGGUUAUGAAGUGAAAAGAAGAGAAACUCUACCACCUGAGGAGUAUGAAAUCACCACUUUGACCAUUUCCAAGGCCAAGCAGUCACUGGGUAUUAGUAUCUCUGGAGGGGUAGAGUCUAAAGUUCAGCCCAUGAUAAAGAUUGAGAAAAUCUUCCCUGGAGGAGCUGCUUCUACUAAUGAGGCUCUGAAGGCGGGGUAUGAGCUGCUGUCUGUGGAUGGUGAGAGUCUGCAGGGAGUGACUCAUCUGCAUGCUGUGGAUGUAAUUCGCCGCGCCUUCAGCAACAAGGCCAAAGAUCCAAUGGUUUUUGUGGUCAAGGUCCCUAAGGUCCCUGCCACCCCCACCAGUCCCAAAAGGCCUGCUGAGUAAACUUUGUGAACCUCGACUGUUGGUUGGACAUAAACAAUAAAAGCUGCAACUUCUUGUGGAACUAAAAAAAAAACCAAAAAAACCAAAAAGAAAACAUAAUUCCCUCCUGAAAAAAAUAAAUAUAAGGCACAAAGCCAUUGUUUUAAAGAUUGUUAUGGAUCCAUUUUGCUACAGAGAAAUGUAAGAUGAAGUCUAAAUGUUGCAGAUGUAUGAGUUUUAUAACAUUCUUAGCUUUUUUAGCAAACAUUUAACAAAUGCAUACUUGCACAAGAUCUCGACUUGGGUCCGUAGGCAAGACCCUUAAUGCUACUGCCUAACCACUGUAAGUCGCUUUGGAUAAAAGCGUCUGCUAAAUGACUGUAAUGUAAUGUAAUGUGAAGGGUGUUUGAUGACAAGUUUAUGUUAUUCAUAAGCCUGUCCUUGGUUGAAAGUGUGCCACUAAAUGGCAGCCUUGCCAUGACCUCUGAGCUAUAUCUGACAGUGGGGCCAGUGGUCUGCACUUCACACUUCUCAGUCCAGCAGCCCUGCAGGAUUGCCAGAGGGAGAUUACCACAUCCUGUGUUAUAAGAUUUAUAGAUUUAAACUCAGAUUAAACCACUAUAUUAUGUCAAAACUGAUAGUUUGGUUUUAGAGGAUGUCUCGGGGGAUUAUUGCAAAUUGCUGCUUAAUAUUUUUUAGCUGCAUUUUUUUUCUUUUUUGGCAGAAGUACUUGUACUCUGAAGCAAUCCACCACUUUAGAGGUUUAAUUACAACAUGCGGUGGAUUGAGUUUAUGCAGACAUGUGGAGGAGUUGGAAAAACAUGUCCAUGAGAAAUUCAGGACAUGGAGGCUGAUGGCACAGUUUAGAUCAAUGUAGGCUAGAAGAGAUAAGGGCAGGAGCAUGUAGAGUGCAUAGUGCCUUACUUCUGUGAAAGCAGUGGGAGGAAUACACUGACAGUGUUUCUCAGAAAUGGCUACAAGGUGAAAUGU